AUGUGUCAGUUAACACUUGCUCAGUGUCUGCACCAUCAAGCUGUUGGUCAACUUGGAUAUUAUUUACUGGUAGCUGGACAUUUGGAUAAAAGCGAAAAACAUCUGAGAGAAUCUCUUGCCUUAGUCAGACAUUCACUACACAAGAAACAUCCUGGUACAGCAAUUGCAUUGAAAUGGUUGGCAGAAUGUCUGAUGAGAAAAGGGAAGAACAUUGAAGCAGAAAAACUUCUCUUUGAAGCUGUCUACGUUGAAACAGUUUGGCUCCAUGAAAAUCAUCCCAACAAAAUCUACAGUCAGAAUUUGUAUGAGAAACUCAGAAUGGUCAUUGUGGCGAGAUGUUGUAAAAUGCUUCCUAUACUUGUUGAAUACAAAAGACGAGACGAAGUGGUGGAGUUUUACCUCACACUGAAAGCAGUUCACAAACUAUCCACAGCAGCUGAUUUGCCAAAUUCCCAUUUACCUUCUCACUCUCCUCUUUCAGAUGAAGAACAGGAAGCAUCCUACUUCUGUAGCGAAGAGGGUCUACAUUCUUGUGGCUUCACAUCUUCAUCAACAGCACAAAGGGAUAGUACUUCAUCACAAAGAUCAAUAUUACAACAACCUGGCAAUGUACACACUGUCAGUCAAUGUGCUGUCGGUCCCAGUUAUAGCAAAGUUCAAGAGAGAAGCUCAUUGCUAGUUUGUCUUCCUGUUGGAAGUGGAGUUCCUUACAGAGGAUAUACUUUCUGGUACAUAGAUACUACAGGUCAGACAGUUGAAGAAGUUCCAGGAGAAACGCUGGAUAGUCGUACAAUAGAAACUGUUACUCCUGCUUGGCCACAUGCUGAUCGAGUGGAGAUACACAUAUUUUCCUCAGAUGGUCAAACUCGUUUGGGAUAUUUUGUACACGUUUUCAUUGACCUGUCUGCAAAGGUGUUACCUGAUUGUGAGGGUGACAGCAGCAUGCUACCAGGAGUAGUAGAUCAAGGAAGAGAGAAAGAGCAUCCUUCAGUUCGGCCAGUCUGUGUUGCGAAGAUGAGGAGAUUGUCAAGUUAGAGACUUGCAAGCAAUUGUGUCUGAUUUACAGUUUCUUGAGGUUGGCAUGGCUGUCAGAAGUCAUUGGUAUGAGAUUGAUAUUCGUCUUGGAGUCGUAAAGAUCGUCCCCGUAACUUGGCUGCUCGCCUCGUACAUGUCUUCUCACUGUGGAGAAAACGAGAGCAGAAGGCAACUAUUGCAAUACUCCUGGAAGCAUGCAGCCAAGCAAGUGUUGGUGCAUGCAUCAGAGAAAGCAGUGAAGAAGGCACUAAAUCAAAAGUGAAAUUGGAUGGAAUUACGUACACUCAAGGACUCGAAUUUCAGUUAAGUUUUUUACAUUUUUCUAUUGUAUCUAGAAUGAUGUCAUUGACUCAAGGAUUUCCUAAUUGUUGCUAAUAACAUAUCCAUCUACUGUAUCACACUGACUGGCUUUACCCUGAAGUCAGUCUCAUGCCAUCUGUGGGCGAGUGCAUAAUCAUACACAUGAGAGUGGUAAAAUUCAAGCUAAAUCUAUCUAUUUUAGACAGAGUGAGAGCCCAUCAGUAUGUAGUAAUGAGACG